AUUAGAUGGGUAUAAAGCCACUGCACGUGAAACGUAAGUCGUUCUUUGUCGUCUGUUGGUUGUGUGCAGUGCAGCUACACCUACGUUUAAAAGCAGCUUGUGGAAGCGUGUCCAGUGUUAUCUCGUCUUUAAACUUGUUUGUGCAAAGGGAUUGUUUGAAAAUGUCUUCGUUUAUCGCUGUAGUUGUUUCUGCCUUCGCCAUUUUUCUCAUUGCAAGCACCGAAAACGAUGGAUCCUCUUCUAUGCUGAGAGAUAAAUCCCAUGUGCAAGAUAAAGACCACCUCGGCAGUCACCUGCAAGGUAUUGCGGACUUGGACAGCAUGACUGAUAAUGAAUUACAAUUUCACUAUUUCAAAGCCCACGACUUGGAAGGCAACAACAAACUGGAUGGCUGUGAGCUGGUCAAAGCAUUGCUGCACUUCCACGCAGAAGAAAGCCACUCGGUGGGCCACAGACCUACGAAGAUCUUUACCGAUGCCGAGUUGGAGUUUAUGAUCGACCCAAUCUUGAAGAUGGAUGACAAGAACUUGGAUGGCUUUAUUGACUACUCGGAAUUCGUAGCAGCUCAAAAGAGUAGAGGUUUUUAACCGACUGCUGAUCGCUUUGACGUGAGUUACUUCAAGUUUUCCGAAUAUUUAUUUCAGCUUUUACCAGUGAACGCAGCUUUAAAAUUGAAUUUUAGAGCGUGAUAGCGAGUUUUAUUGCGAGGAACUUUAUUGUUAUCACGAAUCUAAUGGAUGAUUAUAUUUGUUAUAUGGACCUGUGACUGAACUAGUUUUAAAACUGGAUUUUAAAGACUAGACUUGAUGCUAUGCAUGUUUAUGUUGCAAAAUUUUAAGCUUUAACAUUGACUGUGUAAUAUUGUAAAAUUUUAAUUUAUUGAAUGUCGAAUAGGUUUCUCUCUUUAAUGUUGUGGAAAAAUAAAAUCAUUUGAGGUUUCUCUCUA